AUGAGCUUAGUUUACGAAUUUCUAUUCCUUUUGUUUUCUCACCUUAUGCUACUUGGUAAUGGGUACCAAGAAGAUUGUCCAGCUUCAUUUAGUUGUGGAUAUCUUGGCAAUAUCAGCUUCCCUUUCACUACAACACAGCGCCAGGAUUGUGGCUUAUUGCUAAUACAAAAUUGUGAUGAUCAACUGAAGCCCAAAAUAAUCCAAUUUCAGGAUAAAGGGAAACUGUUUGAGGUUGGAACUGUAAAUCCUCUAGAGUUUCGCAGUGGUCAUGCUACUUGUACUUGUGUCUUCAGAGACAGGAAUCUCUACCAACUGAUGCAAAACAAAAGUUGUCAAGCUCUCAGAAAUACUUAUAUUCCACCUCCCACCUCUCACUUUGUUUCUUUACAUUUAGAAACUCAUGCAACCUUGUUCAUGUGCAACCGUUCACUCCAUCUAAACCCUCCAACAUAUACGCAUACCUAUACAAACUGCUCUCUCUAUGAUUUCUACUACCAGCCUUACAAUGCUGAUAAUGCAUCUCAGAGUGCUUUCACAGCUUGUACAAAGGUCCUGCUUCCAGCUAAAGACUUUGCUGACGCUGACGACCCUUUUACUUUCGUUACUGCUGAUAUCCCAACUCAAGUAAACAUUACAGAGGAAUGUUUAAAUUGUCACUACAACCAAAGAGGACGUUGUCAACUUGACAGCAACGGAAGGUUUUAUUGUGCCUACGCUAUGGUUGCAAAACAAAAAGGGCUGGCGUGGAAUGUUAAACUGGGUAUAGCAUCAGUAAUUAUUGGAGUUGCAGUGCUGACGUUGUUGGCUUAUUUGAUAAGGACAAAGAACUUCACUCCAGCAUUUCUUUUGUUCAAGAAAGAAAAUUCAAACCAUCAUAUUAUUGAGGAGUAUUUGAAAGAACAUGGACCUCUUCCUGCUGCUGCUAGGUACAGUUAUUCUGAUAUUAAAAAAAUAACAAACUCUUUCAAAACCAAAUUAGGCCAAGGAGGGUAUGGAAGUGUAUACAAAGGGAAAUUGCACGAUGAGCGACCUGUUGCAGUGAAGAUUUUAAGUGAAUCAAAAGGUGAUGGUGAAGAUUUCAUUAACGAAGUUGCAAGUAUAAGUAGAACAUCACAUGUCAAUGUUGUUAGACUUUUGGGAUUCUGUUUGGAUGGUUCUAAAAAGGCGCUGAUAUAUGAAUACAUGUCUCAUGGAUCUCUUGAAAAGUUCAUAUAUGAAGAGAAAAAUCCACUGCAGGAUGAUCGUCAAUUGGAUUGCAAAACUUUGUAUCAUAUUGCAGUUGGUGUUGCUCGUGGAUUAGAAUAUUUGCACAGAGGCUGCAACACUAGAAUCUUGCAUUUUGACAUAAAACCUCAUAAUAUAUUACUGGAUGAGGAUUUUUGUCCAAAGAUUUCUGAUUUUGGACUUGCUAAAAUAUGUCCAAAAAAAGAAAGCAUUGUAUCCAUAUUUGGUGCGAGGGGAACGCCAGGAUAUAUUGCUCCAGAGUUGUUUUCCAGAAACUUUGGUGGCGUGUCACAUAAAUCAGACGUCUAUAGCUAUGGAAUGAUGGUUUUAGAGAUGGUUGGUCGAAGAAAGAAUAUUAAGGUUGAAGUUGAUUGUUCUAGCAAGCUAUACUUUCCACAUUGGAUUUAUAAGCGCCUUGAAUUGAAUCAGGAUCUUGGACUUAGGUGUAUUAAAAAUGAAAUUGAUGAAGAAAUGGUAAGGAAAAUGACAGUGGUGAGUUUAUCGUGCAUACAAACCAACCCUUCGAAUCGACCAUCGAUGCAUAAAGUGGUGGAAAUGUUGGAAGGGAGCCUUCAAGUGCUGGAAAUGCCACCCAAACCCUUUUUGUCUUCUCCUUCAACAUCUCCAACCCAUUUAUCGUCUGAAAUACUGUAA